AUUUAUAUACACACUACGUACCACAGACUAUAUAUUUUUCCUGGAUCAGUGCGAACAGAGUCGUACGUAUACGUAUAUUCGUUUCGCAAAAGUGUUGCCAUUUUCGCCCAUUUACGUACGAUUCAGUCAGUGUUGCGCCGUUUGUGUUCAUUUCACACGUUGAUUUGAAUUUGCAUAUUUAUGCAAAACUAUUUCCAAUAUAGAUGUACCAUAUACCAAUUCAGUUUUUUCUGUCAUAAAAUUAGCAAAUAAAGAUGCUAAUACUUCAUUCUAAAUCGAUUAAUAAAUGAGUUAAUAACAAAAAUAAUACAAACGGUCGAACACGCCAUCUGGCUGGGGCGAAUUGCGAAUAUUCCAAAACCAUUUUUUGCAUAUUCGUCCAAUUCAUUUAUAUAUAACAACAAACAAGUUUGACGUUCGACGAUUUGCGGCCGUGGUAACAUUUUGUGUGCUGUUGCUUCGUGUGUUGAAGCCAAUUCCAUUUGGAAAAUUCCGGCUCAAACCCUUAAUUCCUUCAAUUUAACCGUAAUAUUCAACAUACGAAAGAGUCAUCAUUGGCGUGCACACAAGCACCUCAGCCGAAAAAGCGUGCAGAGAGCAUUCAUUUAUAAACACGAAAUAGAUCGAGCAGCAAAUUGCAGUGAAAAAAAAACUAUUGUGAAAUUCUGGGGAAAAUUCGUAUUUGAAUUUGAACUUUUUUUGUUUGUUUGUCAAUAAACGAAUAAUCAUGAAAAUAACUGUGACUACGGUUACCGAUUAUGUGUUCGAAUUGGAUGUGUCGGAGGAGUUGGAAUUGGAGAAUUUCAAGGCUUUUUGUGAGGUUGAAUCGGGUUUCCCGUCAACAGAAAUCGUGAUCACGUUCAAAGGUCAGCCAUUAUUGGACGACAAAAAAUCGCUAAAGGAUCAUGGCGUCGGUGAUGGUGAUGUGGUUUUGCUGCAGCAUGCGAUGCAAGCCGCCAGUUUAUUAUCAUCAGCAGCGGUAAACAGAAGCAGCAACAGAAGCAAUUCCAAUACAAAUAAUCCAUUGGCAGGCCUAGAUUUUAGUGCGAUUCGCGUCCCAAGCAAUGGUGGCAGCGGCAGCGGCAGUGGUAGUCUUAGCAGUAGUUUGCAGGGCAGCGGAAACGGUGGCGCAUUGCAAAGUCCCAUUUCGAUUGGCAUGAACGAUGACCCUGCCAUGGUUCGCGAGGCAUUUUUCAAAAAUCCAGAUCAAUUGGCACUGCUCAAACAAAACAAUCCAACAUUGGCCGAUGCAUUGUUGUCUGGCAAUUUGGAAACAUUUUCGACCGUUCUUCGGCAACAGAUACAAGCACGAUACGAACGUGCACAACAACGUCGGCGAAUGAUGGAAGCCGAUCCAUUCGAUCAUGAGGCACAACGCUUGAUAGCCGAAGAAAUUCGACAGAAAAACAUCGAAGCCAAUAUGGAAGCUGCGAUGGAAUACAAUCCAGAAACGUUUGGCACAGUUGUUAUGUUGUACAUCAACUGUAAGGUAAACGGUGUGCCGGUAAAAGCGUUCGUUGAUUCAGGAGCCCAAGCAACGAUAAUGAGCUCUUCCUGUGCUGAACGCUGCAAUGUUAUGCGUUUGGUUGACACUAGAUGGUCUGGAAUUGCCAAGGGUGUUGGUGUUCAAAAGAUUAUUGGACGAGUGCAUGUCGCUCAAGUGGAAAUCGAAAACGUUUUUCUCCUCACAAGUUUUUCGGUGCUUGAAGAUCAGACAAUGGAUAUGUUGCUGGGUUUAGACAUGCUGAAGCGGCACCAGUGCACAAUUGAUUUGCAACAAAAUUUUCUCCGAAUUGGGACCACAGGCACAGAAACGAAAUUCUUGCCGGAAAAUGAAUUGCCAACGCAUAGCCGUCUCACAUUGAGCGGUGAAGAAGGUACUAGACUUGUUGCCGACGAAAUGAAAUCAACCACUGAUGCACUUGAAGCAGCCGAAAUACAGAAGGCGAUCGAAAGAAGUAAACAAGAUCAAGCGAGUGGAUUGGCUGGGUCAUUGGGUGCAGGAACUUCAUCAUCGUCUUCAUCCGCAUCGGCAUUGGGUCAAGAAUCGAUAUUGCCGACUGAUAAGUUCAACGAGUCUGAUGUCGCCGAAAUCGUGAAGAAUGGUUUCCCUCGGGACAGAGCGAUUGCCGAGCUGCGAACUGCCAACGGUAAUAAGACGCAGGCUCUGGCGGCUCUGUUUGCUAAAUCACUAAAGUUCCAAUGAAAAAAAACGGACUAGUGGGUCUGAUUUGAUCUUAUGUGUGUGUGUUAGGAAAAUACAUCAAAGUUUCAACAUUUUUCAUUGGGUGGAAUUAGCUAAACAUAAAACAAACAUGGUCCAAAAUGGAACAAAAAAGAUAUCGUUCUAAGAAGACUUUUUACAUUAAAUAUAAGAAAUAACACCCGGGCAAAAGCUCGAAGAGCACAGCAAUUGAGAAAAAAAACACCAGAACUUUUCUACCUCCACUCGCAUUAGCAGCAACAAUUCACAAAACAGAUGUGGAAAAAGAAAAAUCGCACCAAUAAUAAUAAUUUGGAGUGAUUUAUCCAUUUUAAUACAGAAGAAUAGAAUUUUGAAAAUUUAUUUUCUACUACUAGCCUAAUUUUGAGCAAUUUUUGCCGAUGUAAUCGAAAUCAAAAAAAAAAAAUUAACGAUCGGGAAACUAUUUUUUCAAUACAACUUGAUGAUGCAAUUCUGUGCGACUAUCUAUCUAUCGAUCGCCAUGAUGCAUUUAACAACUUCAUCAAAGAGCUUGCAGUCUAUUUUUAUGAAGAAAAAAAAUUAAACAGUGUAAUAAGCCAUUCAGAUUAAAUUAUAAAGAGAACAAAAAUGGGAUGUCUUCUUCAACACACUUUGGAUUCUGCCGUGUUCCAUUUUAAUAAAGGAGAGAAUACUUUUCUUGAAAUAAAAUGAAAACCAGUUGAAUCAUUAUGAAA